UUCUCUCUUCACCACUUCACAGUGGUUAAUUUUUAAAAAAAGUAGUCCCAACAAUAGUAUAAUAUUUAUACCUGCGCCCCCCCUCUUGUAUAGUUCAUAUUCUCCAAAGUCCAAAGUAGCUUCUCACUACAGAUUCUCUCCCUUUUCUUUUAUAGUACAGUACUAUAUGGUAGGCUGACUGAAGCAAAAGUCUGUUCUAUUCAUUCCAAUUGCUUACUGUGAAAGAAGUUAGCUCAUAGCAGAUGAUGAUGAUGAUGAUGACACCAAACUUGAACCUGGAACCUGAAGAAGAUUUCAAAAUCUGCAGCCAAGUUGGAUCAAAUGAAUUUCUGCAAGAAACACCACAAGAUUUUAUGGACAACAGCAGCUCCUCCUGUCUUACAAAGACUGAUCCUGAUUCAGGUUCUCUGUCCCUUGACUUGACCCUCAAAUUCAAUCACAGUGAUGAAGAGUUCAAAGGUGAAAGUCACACCAACUUUGAAGUAGGAGGUGAAACUCAUCCCUCAGCACUAGCAAUUCCCAGAGUUUUCUCUUGUAACUAUUGCCGGAGGAAAUUCUUCAGCUCGCAGGCAUUAGGUGGCCAUCAGAAUGCUCACAAAAGGGAGAGGACAAUGGCAAAGCGUGCAUUGAGAAUGGGGAUUCUCACUGAAAGGUACACAAGCUUAGCAUCUCUGCCUCUGCAUGGUUCUUCUUUUCGGUCACUUGGCCUUGAAGCUCAUGCUGCAAUCCACCAAGAACAAGUGCAGUCACUGAGGGUUCCUGAAAUAGGACCUGCUGCAAAAUUCGAAAAAGACUAUUUUCGGACACCGAUCUUCGUGGAAGAUGAUGAUGCUGGUCUGUUUUGGCCUGGCAGCUUCAGAAAGAGAGAAGGAAGGGGUGGUUUUGGUGUUAAUCUGAGCCAUGAUGCACAUGCUUUCAAUUCAAGUACUAGGUUUGUAGAAACUGCACCUCCGGCACAAACAUCUGCAACUCCUGAUCUCACUCUGAGGCUCUGAGAUUUUUCAUCCUCAUUGAAUCCAAACACGUAACAUGUGUGUACAAGCCUCCUCAUGAUGUUCUCACUGUAAAGCUUUUUAAGCUUUUUCAUGUUUAGUUCCAUUCUCUUCAGACUAGAGAAUUUAUGGUAAUUGUACUACUGUACAGUGAGACCUGCAUUUCCAAUGGCUUAUUUUAGCUUAUUUCAAUUUCCAUUAUCAAGCUUUUUCUUUGCACUGUUGUUGAUGUUGUUGUAGCUACUUCACCAUGCUCCAUGGGUUCAAAUGUCAAUUUGUGUUUGUACUUCUGUUAAGAAUUUAAUUUUGGAAAAACAUGUCUUUCAUUUAUAGCUUUUUGCUUGAA